GAACUCACAGAUAAGGGAGAGGGGAGGAGGAGCUGGACGAUGUUGUCCUAAAUGGCCCCUCAUACACAAGGACUAGGCUGUCCACUCUAUCCGGAGAGGCUGCGUGAAAAUGUACAUGUGUGGCUCACGACUCACUGAGGAGAGCUGAGGAGGAGGAGGAGCGGUCAGGGGGAUCAUUAAGCCUUGUUUUCUAAUUCUUCUUUUUUUUUUAUGAAACGACGUCGCCUUUAAAAACGCAGCGCAGCGGACGUCGCAGGGCUAAAGUUGUGUGUCGAGCCAGAUGAUCUCCACCUGAUCGUUGCUCGGUCAGCUGGCCGGACUGACCGCAGAGGACCGCGGGCGGCUUGUUGUCGCUGCAUUGUGGCCACCGACACGCUGAUUCCUGCCUGAGGAUUGGUUGCACAAUCCGCCCCGGUCCCUCCAAAAAAAUGUCAUCUCAGGCCAAAGUCAAGAAGGACAAAGAGAUUAUUGCCGAGUAUGAGACCCAAGUGAAAGAAAUUCGUAAUCAGCUGGUGGAGCAGUUUCGCUGUCUGGAGCAACAAUCCGAGUCCCGACUGCAGCUGCUGCAGGAUCUGCAGGAGUUCUUCCGCCGGAAGGCCGAGCUCCAGCUCGAGUAUUCCAGAGGCCUGGAUAAACUGACCGAGCGCUACUCCGCCAAGAUCCGCACCUCCAGAGAGCACCAGCACUUCAAAAAAGACCAAAAUCUUGUUUCCACUGUGAACUGCUGGUAUUUGGUCUUGGACCAGACCCGACGGGAGAGCAGGGACCAYGCCACUCUCAGUGACAUCUACAACAACAACGUCAUUGUCCGGCUGGCGCACGUAGGCGAGGAUGUCAUCAGACUUUUCAAAAAGAGUAAAGACAUCGGGGUGCAGAUGCAUGAAGAGUUGGUGAAAGUCACCAAUGAACUUUACACAGUGAUGAAGACGUACCACAUGUACCACAGCGAGAGCCUCAGUGCUGAGAGCAAACUGAAGGAGGCAGAGAAACAGGAAGAGAAGCACAUCGGGAAGAGCAACGACAUCGGUGUCGGCCUGCUGCGCUACGGCCACGACGAACGCCCACAGCGCCGCAGCUCUGUAAAGAAAAUGGAAAAAAUGAAGGAGAAGAGACAAGCCAAGUACUGUGAAAACAAGCUGAAGUGCACAAAAGCCCGGAACGACUAUCUUCUCAAUCUGGCAGCUACCAAUGCUCUAGUGGCCAAAUACUACAUCCACGAUGUCUCGGACAUGAUAGAUUGUUGUGAUUUAGGAUACCAUGCAAGCCUGGCCCGCACCAUGAGGACCUACCUGUCYGCCGAGUACAGCCUGGAAACGUCUCGCCAUGAGGGUCUGGAUGUUCUGGAGGGAGCGGUGGAUGCCAUGGACAUUAGAGGAGACAAGCUGAAAUUCAUGGACGCGCACAGCCAGAUCUUCUGUCCUCCGGCACGCUUUGACUAUCAGCCACACAUGGGAGACGAGGUGUGUCAGGUAAGCGCACAGCAGCCAAUCCAGACGGAGCUCUUGAUGCGUCACCACCAGCUGCAGUCUCGCCUCGCCACGCUGAAAAUAGAAAACGAAGAGGUGAAGAAGACUCUUGACGCCACCAUGCAGACCCUUCAGGAUAUGCUCACCGUGGAGGACUUCGAUGUUUCAGACGCCUUCCAGCACAGCCAGUCCACCGAGUCGGUCAAAUCGGCUUCGUCAGACUCCUACAUGAGCAAGGCCAACAUCUCUAAAAGGCGAGCCAAUCAGCAGGAAACUGAGGGCUUCUACUUUACUAAAUACAAGGAGUAUUUGAAUGGCAGCAAUCUGAUUGUGAAACUGCAGGCUAAACAUGACCUCCUGAAGCAGACAUUAGGAGAAGGGGAGAGGGCUGAAUAUGGAACAACAAGGCCCCCCACUCUUCCCCCUAAACCCCAGAGAAUGAGGAAGUGUAGACCUCGCUCCAUUUUUAACCAUAAGCUGUUUAACGGCAAUAUGGAGGCCUUCAUUCAGGAUUCGGGGCAGGCGAUACCGGUGGUGGUUGAGAGCUGUGUUCGAUAUAUCAAUUUAUACGGUCUGCAGCAGCAAGGUAUAUUUCGGGUUCCAGGAUCUCAGGUCGAAGUCAACGAUAUUAAAAACGCAUUUGAACGAGGAGAAGAUCCACUGGUGGACGAUCAGGCGGAUCACGACAUCAACUCCGUGGCAGGCGUUCUCAAGCUCUACUUCCGUGGGCUGGAGAACUCGCUGUUCCCCAAAGAGCGUUUCCUCGACUUCAUAUCCACCACCAAAUUCGACUCCGGCGCAGAAAGAGCUCACCAUCUUCAGCAGAUCAUCGUGACUCUGCCGCGACCCGUGAUCGUCGUCAUGAGAUACCUGUUUGCUUUUCUGAACCACCUUUCUCAGUACAGCGACGAGAACAUGAUGGACCCUUACAACUUGGCUAUCUGCUUCGGCCCCACGCUGAUGCCCAUACCAGACGAUCAGGAUCCAGUUUCCUGCCAAGCGCACGUUAACGAGGUCAUUAAGACAGUCAUCAUCCACCACGAGGCCAUCUUUCCGAGCCAGCGGGAGCUGGAGGGACCGUUUUAUGAGAAGUGCAUGGCUGGAGGGGAGGAGUACUGUGAAAGCCCUCACAGUGAGCCGGGGGCUCUCGAUGACAUCGACAACGGAACCGGACCGAACACGAGUGAUGAAGAGUUCGAACCCAUCGAGGCCAUCGCCAAAUUUGACUACGUGGGCCGAAGUCCGAGGGAGCUGUCCUUUAAGAAAGGAGCGUCUCUGCUGCUGUACCUGCGAGCCUCUGAGGACUGGUGGGAGGGCCGGCAUAACGGUGUGGAUGGGCUCAUCCCACAUCAGUACAUUGUUGUGCAGGACAUGGACGAUGCAUUCUCAGACAACRUUCAGAGGACUGACAGUGAGGCUACCAGUGGACUGCAUCGCAAUGACAGGAACUCAUCGAGAAGCGAGCGUCACUCUCCUUGUGAACACACGCCUGAGAAUCGCUUCGGAGCAGCCUUGGGAAGGAUGAGAGUGCGAUCGGAUGGAGGCGCGGCCCCGCGCCACAGGAACGGCGCCGACAGCCUCAGCCCCACCAGAGCCGCCAACCAGCCCCCCAGGGUUAUGCCUCGGCCCUGCAGCCCGCACAAGAUAGCUUUCAGCCGGGGCCAGACGGACAGCCCGGAGAAGAGGCACCUCACCACGUUCGGCAGCGCCGGCUGCAUCGGCCACCCGGACAGGAAGGCGUUCGUCGACAGCCAUUCGCAGCGCUCAUCGCCGAGCGCAACUCGACACGCGAGUUUAGRGGACCACAAAGCUCUGGAGGCGGAGGCGCUCGCUGAG